ACUCGACCUGCAUACAGGAUCUUGUCAAUGCUAUAUCACAUCUUCACGAUGUAUAACACAUCGUCUUUAUUGCCCUCCGUCACAUAUCAUCAUUUUAUACCAUUAACGCUCCCAGGAAAAUGAUGGCUGCUUUGUGGUUGAUGUUUAUUUUGGCCUUCAGUUCAGCCAGCAUCGAGGUAACAGCCACUUGCUACAGCUACCCGCUCGUGUACAACUUCUACGACAUGCUGGCCCAGUCUGCCUGCACUGCUAAAGUUUCAGUUAGUGCCAGAGUCUGGGCAAUGCGGCGAUCCUGUCCGUACGGUACGAAAAGCUGUGCUCAGAUCUGUGCUGAGAAAUCACUCACGUGUUUCCAGGCCUACCACGUGUACAAGAAUCCUCCAAUCCUCGCCGAGAACUCUAACAGCCAACCUGAUCAAGGUGUACCAGGACUGAGCAUGUACAGUUACGAUAACGGUUGUGACUUUUCACACCCUGGUUGUGGCCCGAAUUACUGCUGUUGUUCGGGGCCAUCUAAUGCUCUUGGUUAACAGAAUCCGAUUUGACAUAAUGAUUUCUUUUAUUGCAAAUAGUUCCAAAAUAAACUGAAUAUCAGAUAUCACAAUAUCUCCGAAUAUCAAAAUGUCUAACGCAGGAGAUAUGAGCUUGCACAUUCCAAAAGUCAAAAGCAAAUAAAAUUACCGUUUCUUAAUUCUU